GAUUCCGCUCUUCUUCUCCUUUCUUCCCGCUGCAGCCACUCGAAAGAAAAAAAAGGGGAACCCAGCCAUGCCUUGGAAAAUUGGUAAGGAAGCUUGGUAUUUUCCCAUUCCUUUCUUGUUCUAGAACCCAUAAAGAACCCAGAAAUUUCCCCUCCCUCUCUGCAGAAACCGGAUAUGCUCUGCUUUGCUCUGUCCGCCGGCUGCUCUUGUUGUGGGGGCGAAUUGCUUGGGUUUUGGAUCCGUGAGUUUCUCCCUUUCACUGCUGCCGGCUUCUUCCCCCUGCUAGGUCCGGUUCUUGCUGGAAAAUUCUGUGGGGAUUAUACAUUGGCCGUGACAUAUAGAGGAGACGUCUAUUUCGUGCCCGUACUGUAUCCGUUUUUCGUGAUUGUACUUGUUGGCAUGCUUUAAGUUUGAUAAGGGGCACUCCAUAUUUACUUAUUGAGUUUAUCUCAUAGUUUUUCCUUGUCCACCAUUUCAGGAUGUGAAAUCGAGGACGGGGAAACCACGGGAAGUGGCAAUUGACCAUCUUUUGUAUGAGUUGGCAUUUUUAUUUAAUUUAAAAUAAUGAUAACUUUUUUUUUUUCAUCCACGUCAUCUCUUCUUCCUCUUUCACUUUCUCUCUCUUUCACCUUUCCUUUUCCCUUAUCUCUGCAAACCCAAAUCUGGGUUUUCUCUCAAACUUCAUCUUCUUCCUCCUUUCCUCCUCCCUGCUCAUCCUUCUUCUUUCUUUUUCUUAUUCUUUCUCUUUCUCUUUCUCUCUUCUCCCUUCUUCUUCCUCUCUCAAACCUAGAUCUGGGUUUUUCUCAGUCAGAAUCAAUCCCUUCUGCGGCGGCAUUUAAACCUUUUAUUGGAAUCACAAAAUACUAAACCAAAUGUAGUAGAUAUUAAACAAAAGUCAGCUCA